AAGAUGGUGGUGACACCAAGGAGGGCUUCAGUGGCCAUUGCAGGGUGCUGGCUACUCUCCUUCGUCGUAGGCUUGACACCCAUGUUUGGCUGGAAUAACCUGAAUAAAUUGAAACAGGAGGCCAACAGCAGUCUCGGUGAUUUGGUGAUUAAAUGUGAAUUUGAGAAGGUCAUCAGUAUGGAAUACAUGGUCUACUUCAACUUCUUUGUCUGGGUCCUUCCCCCUCUGUUGCUCAUGGUCCUCAUCUACCUGGAGGUGUUCUACCUGAUCCGCAAGCAGCUCAACAAGAAGGUAUCAGGCUCUUCUGGGGAUCCCCAGAAGUACUAUGGGAAGGAGCUGAAGAUUGCCAAGUCUCUAGCCCUCAUCCUUUUCCUCUUUGCCCUCAGCUGGCUGCCCCUACACACACUCAACUGCAUCACUCUCUUCUGCCCAGACUGCCAAAAACCCAGCAUCCUCACCUACAUUGCCAUCUUCCUCACUCACGGUAACUCAGCCAUGAACCCCAUUGUCUACGCCUUCCGCAUUCAGAAAUUUCGGACCACCUUCCUGCAGAUCUGGAACCAGCAUUUCCGAUGCCGGGCAGUGCCCCCAUCUGAUGAUGAAGAUCCCCCCGAGGAGAGACUGGAUAAUUAGACCCUGUACCUUCCAGUACCCAACUUUCCUGUUCCUAUCCAUCCCCCUCUCCAUUGGGGUACCAUGGUCUCUUUCUCCUCUACUCCCCUCUGCAAAUCCCAA